UGAAACCCGGUCACACCUGUUGCCCAGAAACUCACAUUUCAUUUGUUAUUAACUGUUAUUUGAUGUUUUGCUAAUAUUUUGCACAAAACAAUGUCAGCGAUAGAAGGCUCUGAUGAGGAAACUGACUUCAAAGAGAUAAGCUCAACAAAUUACCAGCGCGUGCAAGAAAAAGUAGCAAAGAUAAGCUAUGCAGAUGGUAUUUCCGAUGGAAGAGAAAAGGUCUUUCAAGAUAGUUUCGACGAGGGCUUUGAGGAUGGAUUCAAAACAGGCUUUGAACUGGCAAAACUAAGUGCCUUUUAUGAAACUCUGAAAAAUGCGGGGACUGCAAAUGCCGAACUGAGCACAGAGCAAGAGGCUUACCAACAACUAAAACUAGCGGAUGCCAUGGAUAAAUCGCACUUUAAAUAUCUGGAGCAUCAGGGGGCACCUCUUAACGUUAUAUCAGAUAAACAGAGAACCUACGUGGACAACCUUCUGGUGCAAUUUGCGCAGCAACUCCCAUCAACUACAAAUUUAUUCUUAACGGGCAGCGAAUCUAGUGUUAAUGUGGUUUAAUGCAUGUGUUUGGGAAUUAUCAAAAUUAACUGAAAAUAUAUCUGCUGUAGACUUAUA